GGGCAACGGACCAAGAUGGCGGCGCCCAGUGAAGAGCCUGCGUUUUCCGCCGGGGUUGAAAAGAACUGGGGUCCAGUUGUUCGCUCCCCAGAAGGGACUCCCCAAAAAAUCCGGCAGCUGAUAGAUGAGGGGAUUGCCCCGGAGGAGGGAGGCGCCGAAGCGAAGGACACAUCUGCUACAUUCCAGUCAGCUAAUGGAUCACCCCAAGCAGAACAACCUCCAUUGGAAUCUACAAACAAAGAAGCCUUCUUUAGCAGAGUGGAAACAUUUUCUUCUUUGAAAUGGGCAGGUAAGCCCCCCGAGCUGUCUCCACUUGUCUGUGCAAAAUAUGGCUGGAUCACAGUUGAAUGUGAUAUGCUCAAGUGCUCCAGCUGUCAGGCUUUUCUCUGUGCCAGUUUACAACCAGCUUUUGAUUUUGACAGAUAUAAGGAACGAUGUGCUGAGUUGAAGAAAGCCUUGUGUACUGCCCAUGAGAAGUUCUGUUUCUGGCCAGACAGCCCCUCUCCAGAUCGAUUUGGGAUGUUGCCAUUGAAUGAGCCUGCUGUUCUUGUUAGUGAAUUCCUAGAUCGUUUUCAAAGCCUUUGUCACUUGGACUUCCAGCUUCCUUCCCUGAGGCCAGAGGACUUGAAAACUAUGUGCUUGACAGAAGACAAGAUCAGUCUUCUCCUACACCUGCUUGAAGAUGAACUCGAUCACCGAACUGAUGAGAGAAAAACUGCGACCAAAUUAGGUUCAGACAUCCAAGUCCAUGUCACUGCCUGUAUUCUCUCUCUUUGUGGCUGGGCAAGUAGUUCUUCCUUGGAACCCAUGCAGCUCUCCCUGAUAACAUGUUCACAGUGUAUGAGGAAAGUGGGGCUCUGGGGCUUCCAGCAGAUUGAGUCAUCCAUGACCGACCUGGAUGUAUCCUUUGGCCUGAGCAGCUCCCCCAUCCCAGGCCCUGAGGGGCGGCCAGAGCGCCUCCCUCUGGUGCCUGAGUCUCCUCGGAGGAUAAUGACUCGGAGCCAGGAUGCCACGUUUUCCCCAGGCUCGGAGCAGGCUGAAAGGAGCCCAGGUCCCAUUGUCUCCCGAACUCGGAGCUGGGACUCUUCCAGUCCUGUUGACCGUCCUGAGCCAGAGGCCGCUAGCCCCACCACGAGAACUCGCCCGGUGACCCGAAGCAUGGGAACAGGAGACACCACCGGCCUGGAAGUGCCAUCUAGUCCUCUCCGGAGAGCCAAACGAGCUCGCCUCUGCUCUUCCAGCAGCUCGGACACAUCUUCCAGAAGCUUCUUUGAUCCUACCUCUCAGCAUAGAGACUGGUGCCCUUGGGUGAAUAUCACACUUGGCAAGGAAACCAGGGAGAAUGGUGAAACCGAGGUAGAUGCCAGCACCCCAGCGGAGCCAGGCUGGAAGGCAGUGCUGAACAUCCUCCUGGCCCAGAAACAGUCUAACCAGCCAGCUGAAACAGACUCCAUGAGUCUCUCUGAGAAAUCAAGGAAGGUAUUCCGAAUAUUCCGGCAGUGGGAAUCUUUAUGCUCGUCCUGAAGAUAUUCCAGCCCUUCCUGGAGAGAAGUGGAUUCAGUAACUUUGAAAAAUAAAGGCUGAAUUCCCUUUUGAUCCGCUAAUGCUAAGUUUUUCUCCGUUCUGGUUUAAUCAUAAGAAGUCCCUGCACCUGCAAAGGCAAUGAGUGUUACUGGCUGCAUCUGACUGAGGGGAAACCCGUUUCCACACGGGGGUAUGGACAGGGUGAGGUACAGCAAACCUGGUUCUGUUAAAGGAGUGUGGAGUUAUGAAACUAGAUGGAGGACCAAGGACUUGAGCACUUUUGGUGUCUUUAGUGCGGGGCAGUUUUGAGGGCUCUUAUAUCCCAGGAAUAUGGCAGUAUGUGUUAAUAAAAUAUUUGUUAAGAUUCUUA